AUGUAAAAUUUUGUUUUGAAUUCAAAUUCUAUCAGUGAAUUCAUUGUCUUAUUGAUAUCUUUAAGAAUUAAUGAAUUUAGAAUGGAACAAUAAUUGGUUACGAUGAUAGAACUCAUAGUUUAACCUUUCCCAGAAGAAACAAUAUUAAAAUAAUAUUCAGAAACCUAGAGAUCGUACUUAUCAGUAGGACUGUUUCAUCCAAAAAUUACUUCAUUUGGUGUCAAAUCGAAAUCAGUACUACCAUGGACAGCUGAUGAAGUUGCUUUUGUGUUAAGUUUCAUGAAAUUAGUCGUUUUAUGCUGGGUUAUAAAUAAAAAAUGUUUUUGUUAAGUGGGGAUUAAAUAACUAUUUCAGAAGAAUCAAUACUAUCUCCUAGUUAUUAUAUAUUCAGUAGUGAGAAACCCCAAUAAACAUGGCCGCUAAGAUGUAUUGGCAUAUUGGAUAGAGUUGGCAGAGAAAUUAUAGAAAAAUCAUGAUCUAGAGGGGUUGCUUAUUGUGUACAUAUAUGGAAUUCAAUUACUCUUAAAAGACUACAUAGGAACGAUGCCAAUACUAUUUCGAGAUCAAAGCAGAAUAUCUCGCAUAAAUGCUUUUUAUGAAGAACAUAUAAAAUCAAAUUAUAAUGAGAUUUAAAAAAAUGAACAGUAAUUCUACAAUCCCUUCAUUUCACAAAAUUAUUACCUAAAUUAAGCGUUUGGAAUAGCAAGUGAAAAUGAAUAAAACAUUGUUUGA